CGGGGCUGGAGGGGUGCGCGCGCGGCGGCCGCGGCCCAGCGUGUAGGCGCGGAGGCGGCCAUGGCAGGCAACUUCGACUCGGAGGAGCGGAGUAGUUGGUACUGGGGGCGGUUGAGCCGGCAGGAGGCGGUGGCGCUGUUGCAGGGCCAGCGGCACGGGGUGUUCCUGGUGCGGGACUCGAGCACCAGCCCCGGGGACUAUGUACUGAGCGUCUCCGAGAACUCGCGCGUCUCCCACUACAUCAUCAACAGCAGCGGCCCGCGCCCCCCGGUGCCGCCGUCGCCCGCCCAGCCUCCGCCCGGGGUGAGCCCCUCCAGACUCCGAAUAGGAGAUCAAGAGUUUGAUUCAUUGCCUGCUUUACUGGAAUUCUACAAAAUACACUAUUUGGACACUACAACGUUGAUAGAACCAGUUUCCAGAUCCAGGCAGGGUAGUGGCGUGAUUCUCAGGCAGGAGGAGGCAGAGUAUGUGCGAGCCCUCUUUGACUUUAAUGGGAACGAUGAAGAAGAUCUUCCCUUUAAGAAAGGAGACAUCCUGAGAAUCCGGGAUAAGCCUGAAGAGCAGUGGUGGAAUGCGGAGGACAGCGAAGGCAAGAGGGGGAUGAUUCCAGUCCCUUACGUCGAGAAGUAUAGACCUGCCUCCGCCUCAGUAUCGGCUCUGAUUGGAGGUAACCAGGAGGGUUCCCACCCACAGCCACUGGGUGGGCCGGAGCCCGGGCCCUAUGCCCAACCCAGCGUCAACACUCCGCUCCCUAACCUCCAGAAUGGGCCCAUUUAUGCCAGGGUUAUCCAGAAGCGAGUCCCUAAUGCCUACGACAAGACAGCCUUGGCUUUGGAGGUCGGUGAGCUGGUAAAGGUUACGAAGAUUAAUGUGAGUGGUCAGUGGGAAGGGGAGUGUAAUGGCAAACGAGGUCACUUCCCAUUCACACAUGUCCGUCUGCUGGAUCAACAGAAUCCCGAUGAGGACUUCAGCUGAGUAUAGCUCAACAAACAGCUUUGCUGACACAUGGGAACAAUCUCCCCCCCCCCCCCAACUGCCAUCUAUACAGUUUUCUUACAGAUGUCAAGAGCAGUCUAGUUUAUAUAAGCGUUCUGUUACCUGGAAUCUUUUUUAGACUGACCUACUCCAUUCCUAGUCUUAUUCACCAUUUUCAGAGUACGAAACUGGAGGGCUGUGUGUCCACUUCUGAAUUGGCAAUUUUAGGUGGUGGUGGCUAUGCCUGUAUCAGAAGGGAACGGUGUCUUGCCUCCUUUCUCUGAGGCAUGCAAAUGAACCUGUGGAAAACCCAUAGACAGGAAAGGAGUGUUGCACACUGCUUACCCUGAUUUACAAUGUUUUUUUCUUUUUUCUUUUUCAAUUCUGAAGCCAUACUGUCAAAUGGCAGUAGACUGUUCCCUUCUACCCCCGAUGAAGUAGCCAUGCACCGUGUGAAUAGUACCCGAUGGGAUUGCUUUUUCAUUUAUAGAACAUGACUGUUGUAUGACUCAUUCUGACAUUUCAAAUCCCGAGAAUUCUAGGACACUACUAGAGGCAUUUGUCUUCCUUCCUAGUCAAUGCUUCAUACUUUUCCUUGGGAUUCUUUCAACCCUUGACGUUCUUUUUCCCCCAAACCUACCAGUAGGUUAACUCUUAAGAUAAGUGUAUAUUUUUAUUCCAGAUGAGAAGCAGGAUACACAGAGCACUUUACUCAGUGCAUAGCUUUAAGCCAGUGUUGGAUUCACUAAGUGGACAGCCAAACACCCAGCUUUCUGCCUUCCCCGAAGGGGUCAUAGUAGGUUCACACUGCUACAGACGAUAAACAGACUCCUGGCUGACAGGAUCCAGCAGGGCCAUUUUUCCUGAGUGCCAGUAUCCUAAGAGGGGACUCUUGGAAUUCUUAGAUUCCAGUUAGAGUGGAAGGACCAAUCAGAAUAUUUCACAGAAGGUUUUGGGGCCAAAUUCUGCCCUCUGCUUUGUGUGCAGCUUGUAUAAAAGUCAAGUUAGAAUUACAUGAGUAUGGGGGUAGGGUUAGUGCUUUGAAAAAAUGUCUGAAUCAAUCAUGAAUUACUGAUGUAUUAUUCAUUUCACAUGGCCAGAAUAGUGUUUGAAGUACAUUACAUUAUAAACUGCCUUCAUUUUUGCCUUUUUUUCUUUAUGUUCUAGUUUACAAACCCGUUAAGCAUGGAAUGGUUCAUAUGGGGUCAGGUGCUCCAAAGAAUAGACUUCUGAGACCAAAAAUUAUCUAGGCUGUUAAAGACUAUGAUGUAAAACUUUCAAAGUUAGUUCCCAGUCUAGAAAGGCACUUAUUGGUCUGUGGUGUGGUAUGACCAAUAGAAACACCUUGUAUUUUGCUGUGGACCUCAUUUUAGGAAAAUAAUGUACCUUUCUAAUUGUUCUGCAUAGGUUAAUACAAUUUUGCAUUCUUUGAACAUGUACCAAAUCAUGGUAUCCCGGUGACUAGCUCAGUGCCUGGCACCCAGUUGGCAUGCACAUGUUUAUGUGAGUGAAUGAGGGGAGCGCAGAAACGCAUCAUAUGGCACAAGGAAGCCAGCUGGCACAGGAUUACAUAAAUUGCCACAAGCAAACUAAUGAGUUGACGCUAAUUUAAUAUAUUUUACCUCACACUAAGGUAAUGCUUGAUAGAGACAUUAAUAUUCAACUUGUAAAAUGUUAGCACAGGGCUAUGCACACAGUGGAUGUCCAAUAAUGGUGAAUUAACAGAUUUGCAAUACUAAAUUCCAUCUGACUUGCUCUGUUAAAAUUUCAGUUAGAGCAUAGUUACUGUAAAAUCCAAAUACACAUUAAAUCUUAUUUUCCGGGAAGUAUGGCAUCGAAAAUAUUUGUAGGGAAACAUUGUCACAACUGAUCUGAAUGUUUGUAUUUUCUUUCGCCUUUGACUUUACUGGCUUGUGAUGUCUAUUUUCAUCAUAUUAGUGGAACAUACAACUCUACCCAAAUCUUCAGAAUUUCUUAAUGAUGAGUUGUCCAGAGCCAUUACGUGAACUGUUGGGUUGGAUUCAGCUGUGUGUGGCAGUUGUUGGACCUCAAGAAAUCCAAGGACUUAGAAGUAUCUUCCAAAAGCAAAUACUAGAAUCCUAUUCCAGCCCGUAUGUACAUUGUCACAGAGCAAAGUAAACCGAAAUUGGCUGCUAUAUUUUAUAUAAUCAUUUCUGCAAAAGUCUGUUUUUUGGAUACUAAUAUUUGACAUGGUUAAUUCUUAUUAAUUUGUUGGGAUUGUUUAUUGUUAAUAAUGCAAAUAGAUAAUUUUUAAUUAUCCUCAAGUAACAUUUCACUGUUAAUGGUUUGAAAUGGGUGAUAAGCAAACCAAUUUGAAAUAAAGUAUGAACAUGUGCCAUU